UUAGAGAACAAAAAAUCCACGACACAGGGCUGACAGGGUUACAAGAUGGUUCUGUUAGAAAAUGACACGUUUUUGACGGAACUUACAAAGUUAUUCCAGAAGGGGAAGACUUCAGGGUCAAUAUCGUUGACAAUGAAGAGAUAUGAUGGAAGAACUAAGCCAGAACCUAGAAAAGGCAGUCUUCCAGAGCCUCAUGAAUAUAAAUGUUUACUAAGGGCCACAUUAGGCAACAAAAAAAUUAGCACAGUGAUAAACCAAAAAGAUGUUAACAAAUUUCAAUUGGCAUAUGCAAAUCUUUUAAAAGGCAACAUGGAUGGAUUGAAGAAAAAGGACAAAAAAGCAGCUGCUGCCAAAUCAAAGUCCAAAGCUACACAGUGAAAAAGCAUUUCAUUUUUGACCUCUCUGAUACAUUGUCACAUCAUCCAUUAAAUGUUUCCUAACACCAAUCAUUUUAUGUUAUGCCAUCUUUCAUUAUUUUGUUAUAUAUGUUAUUGCAAGUUAUCAUUAUUAUGAGAAAAACUUGUGAAUGUAAAACUGUUGUCAGGACACAUAAUUUACUGAAUAUUUGGAGCACCAUUUUAGGGUCAGGUACAUUUUUGAUGUUUGAUUACAUGAUUUCUAUGGAGAAAUGUUCUCAUUGAUCAGGAACAGCUUAUUUUAUAAAGAGUGGGUACUAUUAUUAAUCAGAUUGUUGAUACAUGUAUUAUUGUUUAGGAAUUAACCAACAUUUUCAAACAAUUUUUGUAAUCAUGUCCAGAAAAAGUUAUGGAGGUUUGAAAUGUUUGAUAACCCAGAAGAAACAUUAUUACUAAUAAUUGUUCGGUGAAGAAAUAGUGUUGUAUAAGUAUGUGCAAUAGAGUAAAAGGAAUUCAAACAAAGAACUUGAUAGUUGUGUUAAGGUAGAGUUUGAAAAAAAAAAUGUUAUACAAAAUAUACAUGAAUUGGUUAUUGAAUUAAAGUUUGAUAUUCCAAAAAAAA